CUCGACGGCUCCCUCGACGGCUCACUCGACGGCUCCCUCGACUGCUCCCUCGACGGGUAUGGCCGCCUGCGGCCACGACGGCGGAAGCGCCAUCCUCGCGCUCUCGCUCGGCAUCUUGGUGGGCGCGGCAAUCACGCACGUGUGCUCUCGCUACAUGCCCGGCGUCCCAUACACGCCCACGCUUCUCCUCGUCGGGGUACUCGUCGCCACGCUCAAGCGGUUCGUGCUCACCGCCGAGGGGUCGCCGCACCUCUACGCUUCGCUCGACGCUUGGGAGCACAUCGACGGCCACCUCCUCCUCCGCAUCUUCCUGCCCGCCCUCCUGUUCAACGACGCGAUGCAGCUCGAGUGGCACCGCACUUACCGCUGCCUCUCGCAGUGCCUCGUGCUCGCCGUGCCUGGCGUGCUGAUCUCCGCCGCACUGACCGCGUGCUACGUGCGGUGGCUCCUGCCGUAUGAGUGGCCCUGGGACCUCGCGCUCGCCUUCGGCGCUCCCGUGAUCGCCGCCACCGACCCUCGCCGAGGCUCCGUGCUCGCCGCCACAGACCCGGUUGCAGUCGUCGCGCUGCUCAACGACCUCGGCGCGUCUCCGGUGCUGACGAUGGUGAUCGCGGGCGAGUCGAUGCUCAACGACGGCGUCCGCAGCUCCGCCAUCGUCGUGUGGGAGCUCUUCUUCGGCAUGGCCGUCGGCGCCUUCAGCGGCUCUCCUGUCGCGCUGCUCUCGCGCCUCGUCCUCGGCGCCGUCCUCUCGGGCGUCGCGUUUGGCUCGGUCGUGCUCUUGCUGAAUAGAUUGCCAAGUCCGACUUUGGCCUCUAGCCGUUGUGAAUACACCACUCCUUCUUCCUCUCACAGGCCAUGCUCUACUGGAUCUCGUUGGUCCCGCGCCGGCUCGAGCACCACGACCAGCUCAUCCAGGCCGCCAUCACCGUCGCCGGCGCCUUCGCCUGCUACUACGUCUCCGAGGUGAUCCUCGGCGUCUCGGGCGUGCUCGCAAUCAUCUGCGCCGGCGCCGAGUGCGCGUUCUUCAUGUGGCCGCUCGUCUGCAACCGCGCGGCGCUCGAGCACCUCUGGCACUUCCUCGAGUGGCUCUUCAACACCGCGCUCUUCGAGCUCGCCGGCCUCAUCAUC